AGAUUUCGUGUUCUUCUUCGAAAGUUUCUGCGCUGCAUACAGUCUGCAUGCAUGCGUAUGCAGCAAAAGCUAGCAAGCAAGCAAACUUUUCGCACAGAACGAAGAGACUUCAGUUUUCAAACUAACUUCAGUGUUCAUGUUUUUUUGUAAGGCGUUGUCCAUCUUCCUCUAACUGGAUCCAUUGUUGCAGUCUUGGUGAGCCUUCUGCGGGAGACCGCUGCCCCGUGUUUCCAGCAUGGCUGUAACGUCCCGCGAAGCUCUGGACCAGCAGUACCAGGAAUUGCUGGCUAAACACAAUGCUCCAUCCGGUGGUACUUCUAAAGAUGGCGUUGCCUUCGGAGCUACAGGAGGUUACGAUGGAGACGUCUACUCCGCUGCGGACAAGUUUGCAGGCUACGACAAGUCGAUUGUGGCAGAUGAUGAGGGUGAAGAAGAAGACACUGGUGCUAGUAUGGGAUCGUCCCAGUUUUCGCGUGGAGCAGAAGCACCCCACAUGGCGGCUAUCCGAGGACUGGAGAAAGAAGGAGAGCAACUUGACCCAAUGGACACUCGAGACCGUCGCAUUACUGCUCGCCAGAACGAAUAUCAAAAUCGCCGACUAGCGGGAAUCAUUUCUCCAGCACGUGUGGAUCCGUUCGGUACGUUCUUUCACCACUGUCCAAUGUGCAGUUUUUUGUGAAUAUUGAUUUGAUGUGCUCUCCAAGUACAAUUGAUCGAUCAUGCAGCUAUUUUGCUGUGGUUGACAGUUGUGGCUGGAAGCUACAUCACUAUGGUGGUCCUGUAUCGCUCUGUUCUCUUCUUUGUUUGUAUUCGCCGCCAUUGCCAGAUCAGAUGCUGUGGGGUACGUUGGAUAUAGCCUUAUCAAAACGGAGCCGUUCUUGCUAUUGAGCUACGGUGACCCUAAGCAAGCUUUGGAAUAGUUUGUGGCCGUGUCCUCGCUCUUCCCAGCAUCUGAUCGUGGCUUGUGGUGUGUUCAGUUACAGUAAAAGGAAGAAAAACGAAUUUGUGAUUCAUGAACUAACACUGUUUGCUCUCGCCCUCUCUGUUGCACCGUCGCCAUCUCUCCACGCCAAUAACGCACCGGUGGUGGGUGAGUAUUGGGAAAGCCAACAUCGCCUGCAGAUGCCACGUCGUCCAUUCAACCAGCUGAAGGAUAAACAUCUAACAUAUUUCCCGUUGAUCCGUGGGCCUUUCUUUGCGUAAAUUCCCUAAAUUGCUGUCGUCCCUGGUGUCUUUCUCCUGGCUCUAUUCAUUUUGAAAUCACAUCGUACAAACAGCAGUCUACAUUUUAGAGUUCUGGCUUGAUGAACUUGUUGAGAUGAUGUCUCCUUUGUGGUAUGGUAACAUUGUGGGUUAUAUCUCGGUGCCCCCUCCCCUCUCCAAAGGCACUGUCCCACCGUCGUUGUGGGGCAGUGCCGCUAUCCGUCGAUUUCAGCUGUUUUCGCGUUGUAUGUUUUAUCUUCACAGAUGCGAUGACCGUAUGCUGAUGCAAGGCCUCUGAGUGCCAUGUGUGAAUGAAUUUCAUAGGCAUGUUGACGUUUUUUUAACUUGUUUGCAAGUAACCACAUUGUCCGUCGUGUUGUAAGAACGUAGAGAUGUCUGACCUACUGCCUCGUGCUCAACACGAUCCUCACCUAUUGUGUGCGAUCAUGUUGACGCUCACGUGAUGCCGUGUGUGUACUGUGCCAAUGCGAUCAUUCAAGCACACAGUUUUGUAAUGAUGCCGUGCGCGUCUGUGUGCUUA